UGAUUAGAACUGAAGUUAGCGAUGUAAUACAUGUAUUUAUGUUUAAUCGAAGCAGACGACAGUGCUAGAUUUGUUAAGUCUGGUUGUAAGAUUUAUACUAUAGUACGUGAACAGACGCGACGAAGAAAAUAAAAUAGAUUUGUAAAAUGACUGAAACAAUUAAUUUUAAUAUUAAAAGCAUUUGUAGUUUAGUUAAUGAGUUAAUGAACGAAAAGAAAAAACUCUGUAAUGAUCUCCAAAGUCAUACGACUCAGAGAAAGGCAUUAGAAGAUGAUAUUGGAAAAGCAAGAGAAAAAUUCUGCCAAGUUUCAAAUAAUCACGUUAAAAUGCAAGAAACAUUGAAGAUUGCCAAAUUUAAAGCAGAUCAAAUGCAGUCACAAGCAAGAAUUCUAAAAACAACAAAUCAGAAACUCACAGAAAAAAUUGAAGAAUUACAGAAUCACCUAAGAGAAAACAAGGAACAAUACUGUAUGAGUGUUGCUGAACUAGAAGACCAAUUAAGUCAAUUGUCAAGCUUCUUCGUUAAUGCAGUAACAUAUUAUACUGAUGCAGGACUUCAAAAUGAAAUGUUUAAAAUUGAUAACCAAGUCGAAAGAGGGAACAAACAAAUAGUUGAUGCUAAAGAAGAAAUCAACAAAGUAUUCCAAGAUAUUGAAAGUUUUACACUGGAACCAAGACCUGAUGAAUGGGAACAGCAGUUGCCAAUUGAGCAAAGGAGGAUGGUUUUAGAAAUCUUUCAACAGGAACACCAUGUGGUGAAGAACAUGCUAGAGAAUUUGCAAAGAGAAAAACUUAAUCUUCAAGUAGAAGGGGAGCAACUGAUGGUAGAAAAGUGAAGGCUGAUGAUAAAGAAACUUUCUGUGAUAUCUUUAGUAUUUGUUAGUAGUACUAAAAUAUGCAUGGACUUGUUAAGUUAUAUUGAUAUAAAAUGCUAAAGCAUUUAACAAUGUAUUAUUUACAAAUUUUACUCUCUUUCUGAACUAUUGUAGUAAACUGAAAGUAUAUUUCACACUAUGUAUAACACUCCUUUUUUGGAAUUUUUUUAGUUUCUGUUUAAAAUUCUGACAUUAUCAAAAAGUGUUCCACCAGCUAUUAUGUCAGUGCGUGUAGUUUGUCACUGCAUUAAGUAAUGGUUUUCUUAUCACAUUUAACAACUGUAUUUCUACCAGUGCUUUUAAAAAUUUCAUUCUUAAACAGAAUACGUUCAAAGGUGGUGUUCAGUAUUUUGUUGUUGUUAUUACAUAUCUGUUUAAUUUCAAAUCUAGGCAUUACAAGCAAAAUUUACCUUUCGUAACAGGAAAUAAAAACAGUGUUGUCUGGAAUGAAGGUAUGGAAUUGAAAUACAGGUGAAAAUUAAAUCAUUCAAUUAACUUUUAAAAGUUAAUUUUUAUUAAUUGUUCAAAUAUUUGUUCAUCUUCAAUUUAUUCAA